AUGGUCUGCCAUGACGAUACCCACUUCUGUAACGGACAAAAAGAGUGCGACCAUCGAGUGCCUUUAGUUCUCAUUCAUGGAUUUGCCUCUGGUGUUGGACUCUGGUGCAAAAAUUUUGAUACUCUUUCUGCCUCUCGUCGUGUUUACGCUUUUGAUCUGCUUGGUUUUGGUCGGAGUUCCCGACCUCCCUUUCCGGAUACUGCGGAGGAAGUGGAGGAUAAAUUUGUCGAAAUCAUCGAAGAGUGGAGAAAGAAUAUAAAUUUAGAAAAGUUCAUUCUUCUCGGUCACAGUAUGGGGGGGUUCAUUGCCUCAUCCUAUGCCCUCAGCCACCCUGAGAGGGUUGUGCACCUGGUACUUAUAGACCCGUGGGGAUUUACCGGACAGGAAGAAAGUAAUAGUGCGUACCCAAGUGGUGUUCGUGGUUGGGUAGCCAGAAAACUGGCUUCUUUUCGAGCUUUAACCACCAUGCGAAUGAUUGGACCAUUCGGUCUCAAUGCCAUGCGUAAGGUCCGACAAGACUUUGGACACGUUUAUUUUCAAACAUCCGCUUCAACAAACGGACCUUGCGAAGUCGACGACGAACAUCACAAUUUUGAAAGGGGAGACUCUUGGCCUCCUGACAAAAAGCAAAACACAGCAUCAAGACUGAUUGUGUCAAAGGCCUCUCGGUUUGACUCUCUCUCCCCCUACGAUUCGUCUGUUGUCUAUAAUUACAUAUACCACAUCAAUGUUCGUAAUCCCACUGGAGAAGACGCCUUCAAAAGUAUGUCAGUGCUAGGCUGGGCGGUGCGGCCAAUGCUGCCUCGGAUACAGGCGCUGAAGGUCGACGUGCCCAUUACUUUUAUCUACGGUGGACGCUCUUGGGUCGAUUUCUCCUCGGGUUUUACCACUCAUGAUCUUCGUCCAAAUUCUUACGUCGAUGUUAUGGUGCUCAGAGUCGUGCUUAAGCUACUUUAUCCCGCCUCACUGACGAUGCAGGUAAUCGAGGACGGCGGUCACCAUGCUUACGCGGAGUAUGCAGAGGAGUUCAAUAAUUACGUAAACACCAUUGCGCGCCUGGUGGAUGAGGGUUAUGUCUUUCAGCCCGGUAACGAAGAUGUGGUGCAGGCGGCGGCCGCUUCAUCGUACCAUUCUACUUCAAGCCCAGUCAGGACAAAUGGCAGCCAAGUUCAAGCAUCGAACUAA